AUGAUGGCGUCUGACGCUAGUCAUAUGCUGGAAGCAGCUUUGGAGCAGAUGGAUGACAUCAUUGCAGGUACAAAGUCAGCUACAGAGUAUGCUAAUGGUGGUUAUGAUAUUGUGUCACCUGCUCCAUCAGUAUACUUGGGCACAUUUCAAAUCUUGCAUCUCCUGGAAGAUCUAAAGAUGGCAUUGGAAAUGCUAGAGGAUCCUCAAGAGAAGGAAGCACUGCGAAAUCAAAUUCCAGGGGCCACAGCAGUGUGUAUACGGGAAUGGUUUGAAGAGAAUCUGUCUGAAGUGAAUCAUCAUUCAUCUAAUAAUGAAACUUACCAAGAAAGAUUGGCACGAUUAGAAGGUGAUAAGGAGUCACUCAUACUGCAGGUGAGUGUUCUUACAGACCAGGUGGAAGCUCAAGGAGAGAAGAUCCGGGACUUAGAAAUCUGUCUUGAGGGGCAUCAGCUGAAACUGAAUGCUACAGAAGAAAUGCUUCAACAGAAAGAAUUCUAUUAUCUUCCUGAGGAGUUGCUAAGUCGAACAUCACUAGAGACUCAGAAAUUGGAUCUAAUGGCUGAAGUUUCAGACCUGAAGAUUAAGCUGGUUGGUAUGGAAAAGGAACAGAGCGAAUACGAAGAGAAACAGAAUAAAGCUGAGUCGGUAGUGAACCUGAUCAGUGAGCUACAGGAGCAGAUGUGUAGACUGCAGCUGGAGAUUAAUAGUAGAAUCCAAGAAAGAAAGUCUCAAGAUAGGAAACAAGACUUGACACCUAAUGGUCCUCCAUCUAGUCCAAGAUCAGUGGUAGAGACUCUCAGCCAGAAGAAUUGUUCUCGGUGUGAUGGUUUGCUACAGGAACUUAGACACCUCAAAAUUAAAGUGGAAGAACUGGAAAAUGAAAGAAAUCAAUACGAAUGGAAAUUAAAAGCGACUAAAGCUGAGAUAGCCCAGCUUCAAGAGCAGUUAGCUCUCAAAGAUUCAGAAAUAGAACGCUUACAAAGUCAGCUAUCUAGGACCUCAUCACAUAGUGAAGUGGCAGAAAGAGAUCAAGAAGUUCAACGGUUGAAGAUAGGUAUGGAAUCAUUAUUGGCUGCAAAUGAAGAAAAGGACCGUCGAAUAGAGGAGUUAACGCUGCUGCUGAGCCAAUUCAGGAGGGUCAAAGAGAUAAUGAUUGCAGCUCAUGGCUCUUCUGUCUCUGGUGGCAGUGAAGAGGAACUUGAGACAACUUUAAGGAAGUGGAAUCUUUUGAAUAAUCCUCAAGGAGAAUUAUUUAAAACGGAGGCCUCUUCAGGAGAACUGUCCCCAGCUGUGCUCUCUCCAGUGCCACACAAAGCUAUGGAAAUCAGUGGAAGCAUUCCAGUAUCUUCAACUAAUUUAACUUCUCCACAAGAAGAAACUUUGGAAAUCAUAAAUAGGGUUCCACAGAAAAAAAAGUCAAGUAGUUUAGAAGACUUGCAGAGUGAAUCCCUGGAAAAGAGUAAGCCACUUGUGAAAGGCAGCAAGUAUCAAACCUUGCCGGGGAAGCUGCCUCGGCCCGUACAGAACGGAGAGCAGGGAACACACAAUUCGCCAGACGGGGGUGGCAUGAACGACGAGGACAGCGGCGUCCUGGGCCUAAAUCGCAUCAGGAGUGUCAGUGCACCCGUGCUAGGAGAAACAGAGAACAUGGAUGGUACAGCAAUCUCAGAUGACCUUUCCCCUCUUUCCUCGGGAACGGAUUCAAGUCCACAAUCUCCAUUGUCUCCAGAAAAUAGAAAGAGUCCAAAAGGGAUCAAGAAAAUCUGGGGAAAAAUAAGAAGAACUCAGUCAGGUAACUUCCCUGCAGACGAUCUGGGUCUGGCAGAGUUUCGAAGAGGUGGUCUCCGUGCAACAGCUGGCCCUCGGUUAUCCAGAUCAAAGGAAACCAAAGGCCAGAAAAGUGACUACAAUGCUCCAUUUGCUCAGUGGAGCACUGAAAGAGUUUGUAACUGGCUUGAGGACUUUGGUCUCGGCCAGUACGUCAUUUUUGCACGGCAGUGGGUGACUUCAGGCCAUACGCUGUUAACUGCGACACCUCAGGACAUGGAAAAGGAAAUGGGAAUAAAGCAUCCACUGCACAGGAAGAAAUUAGUUUUGGCCAUUAAAUCAAUAAAUGCAAAACAGGAUGAGAAGUCUGCACAACUUGAUCACAUCUGGGUGACACGAUGGCUUGAUGAUAUUGGUUUGCCUCAGUACAAAGACCAGUUUCAUGAGUCCAGAGUUGAUGGGAGAAUGUUGCAGUACUUAACUGUGAAUGACCUCCUCUUUCUGAAAGUCACCAGUCAGCUGCAUCAUCUGAGUAUUAAAUGUGCCAUUCAUGUGCUGCAUGUCAACAGUUUUAACCCCCACUGUCUACGCAGGAGACCAGUUGAGGAGAACAACGUUUCGCCUUCUGAAGUAGUGCAGUGGUCCAACCACAGAGUGAUGGAAUGGCUCAGGUCGGUUGACCUGGCAGAAUACGCACCAAACCUUCGAGGAAGCGGAGUGCACGGUGGCCUGAUUAUUCUCGAACCUCGCUUCAAUGGUGACACGCUGGCAAUACUGCUGAAUAUUCCGCCUCAAAAGACCCUACUGCGGCGCCACCUAACAACCAAUUUUAACGUAUUAAUUGGACCAGAGGCACAACAAGAAAAGAGAGAAAUAAUGGAGUCAGCAGCAUACACACCUCUGACCACCACUGCCAAAGUUCGGCCAAAGAAACUUGGAUUUUCACAUUUUGGAAACUUAAGGAAAAAGAAAUUUGAUGAAUCGACAGACUACAUCUGUCCCAUGGAUGCAAAUCCAGCUGCUACGAACGGUACUCAGAAGAACUACGGCGGAUACAAAGGACUGAGUCCAUUCACUGACCGGGAACUGGAUCAGAUGGAACAUUCAGAAGGAACAGUAAUGCAAAUAGGGGCUCUUUCCCAAGGCAUAAGCCAUCUUACGACGAUGUUAAGCCGAGAUGAAAUGCUGAAUGACAGCAGAUUUUUAACUCCUACCUUUGAAGACUGGAGAUGA